AUGGGUUCUUCCUCCGGUGAAAACAUGUUGGUCUUGUUUGUGACGUUGUUGACAGCAAUGAUCGUCCGUGGCAGCACAGAAACAGAGGCAUGCAAAUGCAAUUCAUACAGUUUUCCCAACAACGUUAAGUAUGCAGCAUGCAAGGACUUGGCAGUGCUUGAAUCUUCACUGCAUUGGAACUACCACCCAUCAUCAGGCACCGUUGAUGUUGCAUUCAAUAAGGCCAACGCUAAGGACUCAAGUUGGAUUGCAUGGGCCAUCAACCCCACAUCCAAAGGAAUGGUGGGCUCGCAAGCAUUCGUCGCUCUUUAUAACUCAGAUGGGAGCAUCAAAGCCUAUACAUCACCAAUAACAAGCUAUGCCACUCUCUUAAAAGAGGGUCUUCUCACCUUUCCUGUUUACACUGUUUCUGCCUCCUACGCCAAUGGCCACCUCAUCAUCUUUGCCACUUUCCAACUUCCCUCCAACACCACUUUGAUCAAUCAUGCAUGGCAACAAGGCCUCCUUUCAGAUCAUGCCACUCUCUUGCCACACUCUUUUUCAUCACCUAACCUUCAUUCUUUUGGAGCCCUAGAUUUUCUAUCUGGCAAGGUUUCUGAAACUGAUCGAAACAUGAACUCAAGAACCACAUUCAGAAACGUCCAUGGAACUUUGAAUACCAUAAGCUGGGGAAUAAUGAUGCCGAUUGGGGUAAUAAUGGGUCGGUACUUGAAGGUGUUUGAUGGUUUGGGAGGCACUUGGUUUCAGCUGCACAGAGCAUGUCAAUCACUCGCAUUAUUGAUUGGCAUUGCUGGCUUUGGAAGUGGUUUGUAUAUGGGAAAUCAUUAUGGCCUUCAUCACACUCCUCACCGAUGCGUUGGAAUAACUCUAAUGUGUCUUGCAUUUGCUCAAGUUUGUGUUGCUGUGUGUUUGAGGCCUAAGAAGGAUCACAAGUACAGAAUGGUUUGGAAUGUUUUUCACUAUGUAGUGGGUUAUGCAACUAUUGCCCUUGCCAUAUGGAACGUUCUCAAAGGUUUUGACAUUCUCGACGCUAAUAAGAUUUGGAAAAAGACCUAUGUGGGCAUAAUCUUAUCCUUAGCUGCAAUUGCUAUAAUAAUGGAGAUCAUUACUUGGAUUUGGGUCUGCAACAAAAACAGGCUCCAGAAGUCAGAGAUGCAAGUUCACUCUACCCAACAACAACCAUAG